AUGAAGCUCUUGACUAAGGAAGAGGAAGCCGCUCACUACAGCGCUGUCCUCCGAGGCGGCACUAUUGGUGGUGUUCUCGGUCUGGUCGGCGGUUUCGCUGGUGUCAUGGCCGCGUCGCGACGAUACCACACCAUCCGCUCUCUCACGAUCCCCAUGAAGGCUUUCCUUGUCACAUCAUCCGGUACCUUCUUCGGUAUUAUUGCUGCCGACCAUGCAUCGCGGUCAUUUGAGGCGUCCCGAAACCAGAGUCUCCAAUAUCUCGAGAACCGCGAGGAGCGGCUGCGUCAACAGGAGCUGUCUCGGAUGAGCUUCAAGGACCGGGCGCUCGACUUCAUGCGCGAGGAGAAAUACAAGAUCAUCGGUGUUACGUGGAUUGCGAGUAUCAUAGGCUCCUUCGUCCUCGUCGGCCGCAACCCGUACCUCACGGGUCAGCAGAAGAUUGUGCAGGCCCGUGUGUAUGCCCAGGGUCUGACUCUGGCGGUGAUGUGCGCCUCGGCCGCGUUUGAGAUUCACGACCAGCGCAAGGGCCAAGGUCUCUUGGAAGCCGCGAAAAAGGGCCGCGAGGCGAACAAGCAAGUCGCUCAGCAGCCUCAUCACGAGCGCUACGAGGGCGAGGAUCUGUGGAAGGACAUGGUGGCUGCUGAGGAGCAGAAGCUGAAGCAGCGUCACCAGCCCGUUUACGCGCACGAGAAGCAAGAGCAGCAAAAGGAAGAGCAGAAAUCCGAGAAGUCCGAGGAGGAGCAAUCCGAGCAGCAGAAGGCCGAACAGCCGAAGACCGAACAGCAGUGA